AUGAAAUCCCAGCAACAGGGAGUGCCUGUAAAGAAUAAUAAUAAUAAUCAGAAAGUUGUGAGUGUAGGUGUGAGCCAGAAGAGUGAAGUUACAAGCGAAAUGAAUGUGAUGCAUGACUGGGACCCGUCUGAUUGGUGGUUUAUGCAUGAAUAUCCUCCACCGCCACCACCAAGUGUUGUGAAAGAUGAAGGUGGUGGUGGUAAUAGAGGAAAGAAACCAACAACAGCAUAUAACAAGAGUCAUAGUAGAAGCACAGUGGUAAUGCCAAUGGAAGUAAAAAUAAUCAAGAUGAAGCCGAGAAGAGAGAGAAAGCCAAGAAGAGGAGGAGUACUGAUUCAUUCCCCAAAUAAUAACACGGAAGAUGAAGCCCCUCCAUUUGAGCAGCAGCAACAACCAGGUUUUAGGAAGUAUGGGCAAAACAACCGUGGUGGUGGUGGUGGGUGGCAACAUAAUAGCAAUAAUAACGCAAACAUAAACCAGGAAAAGCCGAGGCAAAAUCUGCAUUAUGAGUAUCAGCCAGUCGGAUUAAACAAACCGGAUGCACGUACAGUUGCAGCUGCAGCUGCAACUGAUGGGUUUGGGAAUGCAAUGGGUCAGAGGUACAAAGAGAGGAGUUUAGGUCAAUCAAGACAGGGUGAUGAUGGGGGUAACUUUUAUGGGCGGAAAAUAGUGGUGGUGAUUGUAGAGAAGAGAAGAGAAGAAAAAAGUAACACAAAUGGUGUUGUGUAUGCAGAGAGGUAUUUGCAGCCACUUGUUGAUACCCCUGGAGACGUAUUCCAACUGAGGAAGCUUCUUCCUACAUCUCUGCCUUACAACAUCAACAUUCAUAUCAUGGACUUCCAACCUGGAAAAUUUCUUAAUGUAAAAGAAGUCCAUUAUAAUCAACAUGGUUUGUUACUUCUAGAAGGACAAGGCAUUUAUUGUCUGGGUGAUAGCUGGUAA